AUGGCACCUCCAGCCAUCAUUGCCCCCUCCAUCCUCAGCGCCAACUUCGCUGACCUCGGCCAUGACUGCUCCAAGAAGAUGGAGCAGGGCGCCGAUUGGCUCCACGUCGAUAUCAUGGACGGCCACUUCGUCCCCAACAUGACCAUCGGCUGUCCUGUGGUUUCGCAGAUCCGCGGAUGCGUUGAUCGCCCUCUCGAACCAUGUGCCCGCGGCACCUUUGACUGCCACAUGAUGAUCAUGGAGCCUCACAAAUGGGUUGCCGAGUUCCAAAAAGCCGGUUGCGACCUCUACUGCUUCCAUUACGAGGCGGCCGUCUCAUCCGUUGCCGCGACCGAUCCCACGGACAAGACCACCACACGUCGUACCAGCCCCCGCGAAUUGAUCAAGUACAUCCACGAGUCCGGCAUGCAGGCCGGUGUUGCGAUCAAGCCGGAUACCCCCGUCGACGUUUUGUGGGACAUCCUGGACAGCCCCGACGUGAAAGAGCGACCUGAAAUGGUUCUGGUGAUGACCGUGCACCCCGGUUUCGGCGGACAGAAAUUCAUGGCUUCCGAGCUACCCAAGGUGCAGGCACUGCGGGCGCGUUACCCCGAUCUUAACAUAGAAGUCGACGGUGGGUUGGGACUCGGCACAAUCGAUCAGGCUGCAGAUGCCGGGGCCAACGUGAUUGUGGCUGGUUCAGCCAUUUUCGGGGCCGAGGAUCCGGCCGAUGUUAUCGCCAAAUUGCGCGAGGCCGUCCAGAAACGCCGCGCCAUUGAGAAGUAG